AUGCGCACACAGCUUGUUGGUUUUUGUUUGGCAAUCAUCGGCUUCCUGGGCACCAUCCUCAUCUGCUGCCUGCCCAUGUGGAAGGUGACAGCCUUUGUGGGAGCGAACAUCGUCACCGCUCAGGUCUUCUGGGAAGGUUUGUGGAUGAACUGUGUGAUCCAGAGCACCGGACACCUGCAGUGUAAAGCUUAUGACUCGGUUCUGGCUCUACCACAGGGACUGCAGGCCUCCAGGGCUCUGAUCUGUGUGUCCAUCGCUGUCAGCGUGGCGGCCAUUGGGCUCACCGUGGUCGGGGCGAGCUGCACCAACUUCUUUCGUGACGACUGGCGGAACAAAGCCAACAUCGGCACGUCUGGGGGUGUGGUCUUCAUAAUAGCUGGUCUCCUGUGUCUGAUCCCUGUCAGCUGGACGGCCCACAGCAUCAUCACAGGUUUCUACAACCCACUGGCCACCACUGAGAGGAGGGGGGAGCUCGGGGCCUCCAUAUAUGUGGGCUGGGUGUCUGGAGCUCUGCUCGUCAUUGGAGGAGGAAUAUUGUGCAGCACCUACAGGUGCUGA